AUGUAUCUAUACGUACUGCUUUAUAGCAUCUUCGCAGUCGCAACAGCAAACAGCAGCAGCAGCAGCAGCAGCAGCCCGCUGUCCUCUGCCUCCUCGGCCGCCACAACCCUGCAAACCUGGUACAAUGCCGAGACAGGCCUCUGGGAUACCUGCGGCUGGUGGAACGGCGCCAACUGCAUGACGGCGCUCGCGGAUCUGGCGAUGCUCGUCGACGAGUCGGAUCCCCUGCGCCAGACGGCCGAGGAGGUCUUCAACACCACCUUUGUCGUGGCGCCCAGCGUCAACCCGGACCCAGGCCUCGAAAAAGUCACCGUCAACGGCCGUCCCGAGACGCGGUACCCGGCUGCCUGGCCCUUGCGAACGCAUGAUAUACAAGAAUCAGGGACGGUCAACGCCUCGGCCUGGCUUGACGGCGCGUACGACGAUGACGGCUGGUGGGCGCUCGCCUGGAUCGCGGCGUACGAUCUCACGGGCGUCCAGGACUAUCUCGAGCUGGCCAUUGGGAUUUUUGACGAGAUGACAACCGUUUGGCCGACAAACUGCGGUGAUGGAGGCAUCUACUGGGACCAUACGCGCUCGUACGUCAAUGCCAUCUCCAACGAGCUGUUCUUCUCUGUCGCGGCGCAUCUGGCCAACCGUGCAUCCAACCCUGCGGAUUAUCUCGACUGGGCACAGCGGGAAUGGGCCUGGUUCCAGGCCAGCGGGAUGAUCAACGCCCAGGGCACCAUCAACGACGGCUUGACGGCUGACUGCAAAAACAACCAGCAGACAGUAUGGUCGUAUAAUCAAGGAGUCGUGCUGGGCGGCCUGGUGGAAUUGAACCGGGCGGCGCCUAAUGCCUCGUACAUUGAGGCCGCGACCCGAAUCGCCAAAGCAGCCAUCACCGCGCUGGCGGACAGCAACAAGGUGAUCCAUGAGUCGUGCGAGCCAAACAACUGCGACGCGAAUCAGACACAGUUCAAGGGCAUCUUCCUGCGAAACCUGCAGAUGCUGCAGGCCGUAGCGCCAGACGACCAGUUCGCAGCGGUGAUUCGAGCCUGCGCCGAUAGCAUCUGGGCGAACGACCGCAACGAUGCAAACCAGCUCGGAGUCGACUGGGCAGGGCCCGUCACAAAAGUGGAUGCCUCGACGCAGAGCUCGGCGCUGGACGCCCUCGUAGCCGCGGUAGCCAUAGCAUAG